AUGGAGCUCACUUGGCUCGCCGAUACCCCUCAGUCGAGGAGUAGGACACGCGCGCUACGAGCGUGUCCCGCCUGUCAACGGCGCAAGAAACGGUGUCGACACUUGACUGCAAGCGCGGAGCCCCCUGACGAACCAGCUCAGCCGCCGCGAAAAAUCAGAGCGCACGCAUGGAAUGGCGAUGCCGGUGAUGCGGAUCGCCAGCGCUCUCAAAUCUCUGGUCCUGCCCCCCGGGCGAGGACGACAUCCGAGGAACCAGCAUUGUCGUCAUUUCCGAGCACAGAGAGAUUCGUGGGCGACCUGAACCCGGAAGCCGUGAUUCGAGAGAGACUCGAUGCUUCGGCACACAGCCCUCUCCGGGAUCGGGUUGGACUAUGGAUCAACUCUUCCGCCCUGCAAGAUGAUACUGUCAAGCCUGACAGACGGCAGACGACUGGCUCGGAAUCUCUGUCUAUUUCGGCGCCACACCCGAUCCUCGACCGUCAAACAGUCACGUCUAUGCUUCAGCAAAGAUAUGCAUCCGCAGUCCAGUCUUGCAAUGAACUUCCCGUAUCGACACGAGAGAAGCUCACGGCAAUAUAUAUCAAGAAGAUCCAUUCGAUCGUGCCGCUCUUAGACAUCGAAAGACUGAAAAGCUCACAUGCGAACGCAUCCUCGUCAGUAUUCCUGGAUCGAGCUAUCUGCCUCGUUGCAGCCAAAGCCCCCUCGGCCAGUCCCUUCCUUCGUCUAGAAGAGGAAGGCCCAGUUCUAAGCUCGCGCCAAUUCUGCUCCGAGAUCUACAACGGCCUCGCACCAGCAAUGGAUGCAGAAUUAGAGCCAGACCGCGUGACUCGUAUCCGGGUGCUGGCCUUGAUGUCGCUGCAUUGCGAGGGCCAUGAAGGAGCCGAGGCUGCGUCCCUACAUCUGUGCCAAGCGAUACACCAAGCUCAAACGGUGGGUUUGCAUCUCGACCGGCCGGGCCGAACAUCUGCAGACCCCCUCACCAGACUAUUCUGGUGCCUGUGGACACUCGACAAGAUGCAUGCAAGCAUCGGUGGUCGUCCGGUCUUGCUGGCUGAUCGUGAUAUUGGCAUUGCCAAAUUCGACACGAAGGUGCCGGAGACGCGAGGCGCAUUUGCAGUUUGGCUGGCAAUUUCGGAUUUGCUUGCAACCGUCAUCUCCUUCUAUCGGCCAUCUGCUGGGAUCACCAGCGGCUGGGAGGAUGGGUUUCCCGCCUUUGAAGAUAUUGUAGAGGCUAAUACUAAUGGAGAUGUCGAUUUUGCGACUUUAGGCUUUCUAGAACUAUAUUAUCACUGCGUUGCCAUCCUGUCCUGCCGUUAUAAGCUAACCGAGAGCCUCGAUGGGACCCGUGUCUCAUCUAUCCGACAAGGACUGGCCGCAGUUCGAAUUCAUUCUAUCGUCGCCGUGGAAUGUGGCGACCGACUGCCACCUCACCCCAUCGUGCCAUACGCCAUUUCACUAUCAAUGGGUGUCUCUUACCGACAGCUUCGCUCCAGCAAGCUGAUUACACAUUUUGAUCGGGCCAAAGCCAGCCUCGAAGCAUGCUGCACUCUACUUGAGAAUCUCAGCCUCUCAUGGUACUCCGCAGAGGCCAUGGCGCGUUUGGGGCGAAAGGCCUUGCACCAGGUCGACCACGAGCAUCACCCACAACCUGCAGACGUACCCCAUGCACCGCCCAUUGUCCGUGCAGGCCCCGCCGAGGCAGAGCCGGCCGCUUUCUCUACGAACACGCAUGAUGUUGUUCCGGCCCCAAGGCCCAUCGAGAUGGAUUCGGGCAUGCCCUUCGCGGCCCCCGUGCCCCUCAUAGGCCCCGAAACCUCGUCGAUGGCCAACCCGCUUCCAUCAGUGCAUGAUCACGACCUCGAUGCGCCGACGCAUGGAUUUGCGGAUAUCGAUACGCUCUUUGGGGAGUUCCUCGAUCUUUCACUGCCGACGAACUUCUGGGACCCCGUCUUUGCGGAGGACCAGAAUAAUACUAGCCAGACAGGCACGGAUAGUCAAAGGCCCUUAGUGCCGGAAUGA